GAGAAAAUAAUAUUUUUAAACUUUAACAAAUUUUACAAAAAACGGAUGAAACUUUCGAUUUUGAAAGGAAGUUGAUUUCCUUUCCCAGGCCGACUCAAGAUGAGUUGCAUGAGUUUUGCACACGUUACUGGAGAGCAAAUAAAAAGGAUGUUUUCCUGCCAUUCGGGGCAGUCUAUCGAAAAGAGGUUGCUACACUAAAAGAGUUUGCCACAAAAAUAGAGCUCGCCAUAAAAUAAAGGCAGUCGUCAUACAAAGUGUAUGUCAUACAAGUCUGUUAUACGAAUCAGUUAAAUGAAAAUUAUAAAUAUAUAGCAAUAAACGAAGUAUACGACAAGAUUGUUAAAAGAGAAGUUAUUUAAAGGACUUUCCAAAGAAACUGUUGGAAGAAGAAUACCCAGAGUUGAAGAAGACCCUCAUUCAGAGAAACAUUCGAAAGACCCGAUGAAGAGCACUCUUCAAAAGGAUAUUGUUGUACACAUAUGCACAACCCCUUCACAAGAUGAAGUGGCUGUUAAAGAUUCUGACAAAGAAAAGGAUUCGAAGAAAGGAAAACAGGUGAAAAAAAAACCAGAAAUACAAGAUGAAUUGAAUGAGAAUUGGAUUUGUCAACAUGCUAAACAGGUUACAAGAAUGUUGCCAGGUGGACUAGAUAUAUUAGGAAUUUUUGUUAUUGCAGGACAAGAUGAAUUAAACAAAUUACAACAUAAUUUAAGACAAAUUCUAUUUGCUAUAUUUAAAGUAUUAAGUAAAGACCAGAAAUUAUCAUUGUGUCAUGAGAACACAGAGAAGAUUCUUCUACAGAUUGCUACAUUUGCACAAAAAUUUGUAUGUCGAACAUUUGAUGUUAGUGACUAUAAGUCUUCAGCAAAGCCAGCAGAAUGGAAACAAUUUUCAGGGGUAUUUCAAUGGCAUAAACUAGAAUGUAAAUUCAAUUUAGAUUUUCGGAUACCUGUCGACAAAAAUAAAAUUACUCAUUCAUUAUUAAAACAAAUUGAAAUUGGACUUUUACCAUUUUUCAAUACUACCAGCAGAGCUGCAGCAUUAGUUAAUGGAAAAUUUCGUAAAGACGAAGAGUUAUUAGAUCCAAGCAUGGAAGGAAAAAAAGGAAAGCAUUCAAAUAAGUCUUCCCAACAAUACUUUGCAUUAGAUCUAUUUUUACCUUUGCAUUUAAACAAUAGUGAUGAUAAGGAUCCUCAAAUUUUAGAAUGUUCUGCUGCAAUGACAGUUAAGGGUACAAUUCAAUGUCGUGCUUAUAUUCACAAUAAAGGAACUGUUAAAGAAGCAAUACAGGUUCUUAAGCAUGAUAUUAUUAGAAGUAUGACUUCUAGAUGUGAAAUACAAUGUGAAGAUCUUUUAUUAAUAGAUGAAGAACAACAAGAUCCUCAUGUUGUUCAUGAGCUUCCACGUAGAGUAUUUGCAUCUCUUCCUCAAGGUAAUCUGUCUGUCUGUGAUUAUCUCUUUCACGGAGAUUCUGCCAGUGAUUCAUUAGAAGCUUUUCAGGAACUCCUUGGUUUGAAUUUAAGUGAAGAUGAUGUAGAAAUGAAUUUUGAAAAAACUCCAGAUACACUACAAUUAUUUCAACCAGAGACUAUUCAAAGUGGAUAUUCAGAAACUACAGAAAAAACUAAAACAAGAAAUAUUUUAUAUCCUAUAGUUGGUGCUGCAGUGGCUGUUUUAGCUUUUGGAGUUACAUAUUUUCUUUCACAAGAAAUCUGAAAUUUGAAUUGAAUUGUUGUCAUCUGAUUUAUUAGUUGUGCUCUUUAUGAUAGUAAUCUGAUUUUCAUUAGCAAUAUUUUCUAUUUAAAUUAUUUUCAAUGUGAAGUAAUAUUUCAAAUGAUUAAAUACCAGACGUUGUUUGCAAUUUUUGAGAGAUCAUUCCUAAUGAUAUAAAUGUAAUUUCAGCUCAAACUCACCAGCAUUACAUUAAUUUUGAUACCUGUUUUAAUUCUUUGAGUUGCAAUGUAUCCAUCACUUCUUGUCAGUUAUAUGAAAUUUAAAAUUACAAAAGAGCUUUGUUGUGCCUUUGAUUUGAUGACUUACAAAAACAAUCUAUUUUUUUAUAUGGCUAUGAAAAAUUGAAAUUAAAAGUGAUUGCAAAAUUAUUAAAUAUAUUUUUCUUAUUUUAAUUUUGGUUAUAUAUUCUUAAUAAUUUUAAUUUUCUAUUUUAAAUAAUGGAUUUAGGGCAAUUUCUUAAAAUUAAGAAGAAAAAGCAUUUUGUAAAUGUACAGUGUGUCAAUAUGUAUAUGUAUACACUUCAGUAAUAAAUUUAUAUGAACUUUUUAA